AUGGAACCUUGGGUUCCCCAGUGGUCCUCUCAGCCACAAGGGAGGCCCAUGGGACCAUCAAAGGAUGCAAACCAAGGGCUUCGGAGUGGACAUUACAGACCCCAUCCUCACCCUCAGUACGGUGGAGAUAAGUACCACCAAUGGCAAGAUGCCCACAGGAGUUCAAAGCCGCAGCAGGACCCCAGGGCGCAGGACCCCAGGGCCGCCCACCAACAGUCCCACUAUGUACCCAGGCCUGGGGAAUGGUCUCAGCCUGUGUCCGGAGUGGACUACUUGGAAGGAUCUUAUCCUAAUCAGUUGUACUCAAGGUCAGGCUAUGAGGAUCUCUAUCACAGACACCACACUCCAACACCAAGGGAAGAGUAUGCUUAUGGGAAUUAUUACUACCGUGGACAUCCACAGCUGUUGCAAGAAGAAAGAGUGGCAAGGCAAGGGAGCCCUUAUAUCUGGAAUGAAGAUUAUGGAGAUCAAAAGUACUUCAACGAGCAUCAUCGUGAAAAGCACAAUAGUCCAUUUGGAACAAGUAGUGAGACCCAAUUCCAAUGUACCAGCAAGAACCCGUAUGAAGACAGCCUUGCUUCUAUCUCUGGACAGGAGCAACCUGGGGAGCUCUUUCCAGAGAGGGAGGCCCAGAAACAGAAGCCAUCACUGGUUGGCAGGUCCAACCUUCUCCAACAGCAUGAGUCUGGCCUCAGCUCCAGCAGCUAUGAACUCAGUCAGUACAUGACAGAUGUCCCCGAGCAGUAUGAACCUAUGGUAUCAGCAGCUUGGAGACCUGUUCAGGCUGAUGAUGCCUCUGCGACUGUUCCCAAGGCACCCACGAAGUUUUAUGUUCCCCACGUGUCUGUGAGUUUUGGGCCAGGAGGCCAGCUAGUAUGUGUAUCCCCCAACUCUCCUGCUGACGGACAAACGGCCCUUGUUGAAGUGCACAGCAUGGAGGUUAUACUUAAUGAUUCUGAGGAUCAAGAGGAGAUGAGAGGUUUCCCAGGACCCCUCAUCAGGGAGGACAUACACAAGGUGGACAUCAUGACAUUCUGCCAGCAGAAAGCAGCUCAGUGUCUCAAGUCUGAGGCACCAGGGAGCAGGGACUCAGCCCUACUCUGGCAACUACUGGUUCUCCUGUGUCGACAGAAUGGGUCCAUGGUGGGGUCUGACAUUGCUGAGCUGCUGAUGCAGGACUGCAGGAAGCUGGAGAAGUACAAGAGACAGCCCCCAGUGGCCAACCUCAUCAACCUGACUGAUGAGGACUGGCCAGUGCUGAACUCCGGGACUCGCAACCUGCUAACCGGGGAGAUUCCCCCCAGCGUGGAGACGCCAGCGCAGAUCGUGGAGAAAUUCACCAAGCUGCUCUACUAUGGAAGGAAGAAGGAGGCUUUGGAAUGGGCUAUGAAGAACCACUUGUGGGGCCAUGCCUUGUUCCUAGCCAGUAAGAUGGACCCAAGGACCUACAAUUGGGUCAUGAGUGGCUUCACCAGUACGCUGGCACUCAACGACCCUCUGCAGACCCUCUUCCAGCUCAUGUCGGGAAGGAUUCCACAAGCAGCCACGUGUUGUGGAGACAAGCUGUGGGGAGACUGGCGGCCCCACUUGGCUGUGAUCCUGUCAAAUCAGGCUGGGGACACAGAGCUGUACCAGCGAGCGAUUGUCAGCAUGGGGGAUACCCUGGCUGGAAAAGGGCUUGUGGAGGCGGCUCACUUCUGCUAUCUCAUGGCUCACGUGCCCUUUGGCCACUACACCGUGAAGACAGACCAUCUGGCCUUGCUGGGCAGUAACCACAGUCAGGAGUUUUUGAAGUUUGCUACAAUCGAGGCGAUCCAGAGGACAGAAAUCUUCGAGUACUGCCAGAUGCUGGGCCGCCCCAAAACCUUCAUCCCUUCUUUCCAGGUGUAUAAGCUCCUUUAUGCUUCCCGGCUGGCAGAUUAUGGCCUGGCAUCCCAGGCCUUGCAUUACUGUGAAGCCAUUGGUGAGGCUGUCCUGAGCCAGGGAGGGGGCAGUCAUCCUGUGCUAUUAGCGGAGCUCAUCAAGCUUGCAGAGAAACUGAAGCUGUCAGAUCCUCUGGUUUUAGAAAGACGCCAUGGGGACAGGGACCUGGAACCAGAUUGGCUUGUGCAGCUUCGGAGGCAGCACAAGGCACUGGAGCAAAAUAAAACAGGAGACCCUGGAGAUCCCGAUGCAGAAAUUUAUGGAACCAGAGGAACAACAGACACUCCCUACCAGGAUCUUUCAGGAUAUCAAAGCUACUCAGGAGACCCUGGGUAUCGCUCAACUCUGUGGCCAACACCUGAGCAGACAGGCCUGACCCAGCCCAUCCCACAGCAGCCUUUCCCUCUGCAGCGAGAUACCUACUCAGAGAGAGACGGUUCAAGGCACAUGGGGACCUCAGUGCCUCUUUACUUGGUUCCUGCAACCCACUUGCCAGUGACCAGUGGUGGUGGUGGUGGUGGUGGUGGCGGCGGCGGCGGCGGCAGCAGCAGCAGCAGCAGCAGCAGUAUGGCAGUAACAGGGCCUCCUGGAGGAAGAGUUGGGGAGGAAAUGAUGCAGAUACAUCCUUCCCUUGGAGAGACCACAGUGCCUCAAGAACCCCUGCAAGUUCCUGAUGAUCUAGAAGUGGUUUCCAGUCCUCAGGCACCACUGGUUCCCAGGGCUCGAAGGUUUUCUGAAGAUUCCACCGUUUCAGCCAAGGAAGAUGAGGGUGGGUCUUCAGAUGGGACGGACGAAUCAUCUCACCAAGAUGCUUUGCAGAGAGGAAAGCCAGCGGAUGGGAAAGAGAAUACAAAGAGCUCUGGAUUCGGCUGGUUCAGCUGGUUUCGAUCAAAGCCUGCCAACAGUGAGUCCCCCUCUGGAGACGAAGACUCCUCAGACAGCUCAGACUCAGAGGACUCUCCUAGCACAUCACCUUCUCACAAUACCGGCUUGGGCCUCUCACCAACACCUCCACUCACAUCUCCAUCUGUAUUGGAUGCCAGCACCUCCUCCAGAGGCAUAGGUGGGAGCAAUCUACUUGGGUCCUCAAACAGCAGUGGAACAGCUGAAGGCACUGAGAUUGGAGGCUUCUCUGAGCCACAGCCACAGGGUGUUUCUUCUGAGUUCUACUCCCAGCCAGGUGCUCUGCCUCCUCCACCCACCUUGCAAGGCGCUGUUCCUCUCUACAACCCAUCUCAGGUCCCUCAGCUUUCCACAGCUACUAGCCUGAACCGGGCAAACCGCCUAGCCCAGCGCCGCUACCCAACCCAGCCAUGCUGAGAGUGACCAUCUGUCCCAGGCUCAGGAGAGUGACCACCUACUCAUCCAGGGCUCAUGAGAAUGACCGUCUGUCCAAGUCUCAUGAGAGAGACCAUCUACCUAUCCCAGGCUCAUGGGAAUGACCACCUGCCCAUCCCGGGCUCAUCUCCGGGAGCCCAGCUUUUCUGCUGCUUUCCACUUCUUAGUACCCCACUCACCUCAUCAUAUUUAGACACUGCACAAGGGGUAGCUGGAGGUAAAGGGCAGGAUCUCCCUAGACACAGCUUAGUCUAGUCUUCAGCUUAGCCUUAGAGUGACAGGAAUUAUCUCAUCAGAUGGAGGAGCAGGGGAUAGUGUCCUCAGUAGAGGGUCAUGGCAGCAGCACUUGAGGUGGAAGCCGGAGAACCUCAGGAAAAUGAGGGCUCUGAGAAUCCCAUGGUGAGAACCUAAAGGACACCACUGGGCUGUGCAGCAGGGACUUGGAGCAACAUCCCAGAGUAGCUUCGACUUAGACUUGCUUAAAGACCGGUUUAUGGCUCUUGUUAGCAAAGUUUUUCAUUGAGUUUGAUUAUUGCUGCCCUUCAGUGAUUCCUUUUUCAAUGACAUUUCAGCAAUUUCCCUCCUGGUCCUGGUUUUGAGCACAUUUUCUGUGUGGUUCAGACUAAUUAUAUUUCUCUCACUUUCUUAGCUGGUCCUAUUUUUUCACAUUCUGACAUCUGGCUAUCAAGUUAGAUUGCUGUAGGCAUCAUAUUGUCAUGGUAACUACUGAACCUAAUGAUGCAGAUGGAUGGAACAUCAGUAUAAUAAAUAAUGGAAAACGUUUCCUAAAAACGUCAUCCUUUCCAUAAGAGGGGAGGAAUGAGUGUCUCAUAUUGCUAAUACCUGCCUUCCUACCUCAGGCCUUUGCAAAUUGAUGUUCUGAGGGUCACUGGGGCCCAACGGAGGAGGGAGAAAUCUUGGAAAUUUCCAUUUUUUUCCUUUCAAACCUCAAAUAGGAAUGAUUCUUGCUGUUUGUCAGAUUUGCUUAAAAUUGCUCUUCACAAAGAACAUUUUUUUA